AUGGGCAAGUCAACUUCUAAGCAGUUCAAUAAUGAGGUCCUGAAGGCCCAUAAUGAGUACCGGAAGAAGCAUGGUGUCCCUCCACUGAAGCUCUGCAAGAAACUCAACCAAGAGGCGCAGCAGUAUUCUGAGGCCCUGGCCAGAACAAGGAUCCUCAAGCACAGCCCCAAGUCAAGUCGUGGCCAAUGUGGAGAAAACCUGGCCUGGGCAUCCUACGACCAGCCAGGAAAGGAUGUGGCUGAUAGAUGGUACAGUGAAAUCAAGAGCUACAACUUCCAGAACCCAGGCUUCACCUCGGGGACAGGCCACUUCACAGCCAUGGUGUGGAAGAACACAAAGAAGAUGGGAGUGGGGAAGGCCUCUGCAAGUGACGGGUCCUCCUUUGUGGUGGCUAGGUACUUCCCUGCAGGGAAUGUUGUCAACCCUGGUUUCUUUGAGCAAAAUGUUCUGCCUCCAAAGAAGUAA